AAAAAAAAAAAAAAAAAACUUGAGUCAAAACUUCUAUUUACUUCUCCCAAAUCCGAAGCUCCGAAAGGAAAUCCGGAUACUUGGCUGGCGUCACGGUGGCGUAAUACUGCCCCUGAGCUCUUAUUUACUUCUCCUUAUCUAUAUUACAGGUGUGACAAACUUAGUUCCCUCCGGUGUGGUCUCCGGCACCCUAAAACCUGAAUCUCUAUCUCUUCGUCGCUUCCAAUGGCGGGAAUCAUCUUCAACUUCAAGCCAUUGUCUCCAUCAUGCCCGUCUUGCCUUGCUUCCUCCUCCUCCUCCUCCGCCUCUGCCUUCAAGCCCUUCUUUCUCACCUUCCGUCGACCUUUUUCCACCCGGCCCAGAUUCCCUAAAAUAUACGCAUUUUCUAGCAAUGACAUCAAAGUCGGUUCCAAUAUUGAAGUGGAAGGCUCCCCUUGGAAGGUCAUAGAGUUUCUGCACGUCAAACCUGGAAAAGGGGCAGCAUAUGUGAGGACUACUUUGAGGAAUUACAUCACUGGAAACUCCGUUGAGAAAACAUUCCGGGCUGGAAGCAAGAUAGAGCCGGCCGACAUAUACAAGGAAACAAAACAAUUCACAUACAAAGAUGGUGCUCAAUUUGUAUUCAUGGACCUGACUACCUACGAAGAAUAUCGUCUCAAUGAGGCUGAUGUUGGAGACAAAAUUAAGUGGCUGAAAGAAGGCAUGGACUGCAACUUGCUAUUCUGGAAUGGAAAAGUCAUUGAUUUUGAACUCCCCAUCACGGUGAAGUUGACUGUCGUGGAUGUUGAUCCUGGUGUUAAAGGAGACACAGCUCAAGGUGGAUCUAAACCGGCAACUCUUGACACUGGUGCAGUUGUCAAUGUUCCCUUGUUUGUUCAGAAAGGCGAGGAUAUUCUUGUUGAUACAAGGACUGGGCAGUAUAUGAGUCGUGCAUAGAUUCGUUCGGCGACAAAUUUUGUUGACUAGAGAGGUUUUUGUGGUCGUCUACAGUUGGGCGAUUUCCCUGCAAAUUUGACAAACGUAUGGAGUAUUUGUAGUGCGGUUGCAGAAAUAUAAAUGGUGCAGAAAUGCAAUCCUUUGAACAUUAUGGCCCCAAGUGGUCAAAUAGGGUAUUACAAGUUAUUGUGAAUUGGCCAAUUACUCAAAUGACGGAUCAGAUGGCAGAGUUCUUUCAUACCAUCUCUAUAUGGCAUAGUUCUUUCAUAGUGGACUUCAUGACAUUCAGUGCAACGCUAUGUUUCUCUUCCUUGUCAAUUUUGCAAGAUGAAUCCAUACUGUCCAUUCAAGUAGGAUCAGUAUUCAUGGUUUCUACAAACUGAACUGACACUUUUCAUGUUAGCAUGUGGAAGAUCAAGAGCUAGAAUCUCCUAGUAAUCAUAUUUUACAAAUUCUUCUAUGCAGUCAGCUCUCUUCUACGUCACCUUGGAUCGGCAGCCAUUUCCAGUGGUGUCAUCAGUCUUGUUAUGAAGAUCUGGGGACCAAAACAACAUUCCAAGAGGAAGAGAGAUUUAUCAUUUCAUCAAUCAAGAUGCCAAAUGAAGAGUUCACUGGCAUUUUUACACUAUCAUCGUCACCCUGGUUCUGUGUCAUCAAAUGUAACGCAAACACUGCCUCCUCAACUUUCCCCAGUCCACAAAGAGCCCUAAGGAUCCACCCGGAAACUGAUGGACUUGGGAGGUAUCCCCCCUUUAAUCAUAUGCAAAAAAAAAAAAGCUUCACCUUCACAUCACCUGGGCAGAAGUUAGUUACUACUACUUUAUUAGAACGAAUGCUUGGACUGUUAAUUGUUACUAUUACAAACAUAUGACUGGUGGUACUGAAAAUGACUCUAGCGGAUGGGCAAUUUUUGGUGAAGCAAAGAUUCAACUUAAAGUGACACACAUUUGGCAACUUUAUGGUUUUUAUAAAAGAGAAAACUAUUAGAAUUGGUGAAAAACCUCAAGUUUCAUUAUAAUGAAGCAGAUAACACUAACAUUUUCAUCAUACUAGCUACUGUUGACCCUAUUAAGAAGUGUUGUACUGUAGUCACAAUUCAAACGGUCACUACACAGUACAGGACACAUGAAAAAAGAAAGAAGAGAAGAGUAGUUAUAUUUCAUCGGCCGUCGGAUUCAAGGCCUCCUGAGAGAUCUACUGAAUGGUUUUCUCCACAGCUUGUUGGACUUGCAGUAGUCCUGCUUGGGUACUCCUUUUGCAGGAGCAGAGACGGAAGGAGAAGAUGAAGAAGCAAACUUUUUUGGGCUGAACAACUUGUUGAGGAGUUUGUGAAUGAAGCGUGAUUUGGGGUGCUUUUCCUGGUGAACAUAAUGAUGGUGAGCAGGGAUUGGUGAAGCAGCAGCAGUAUUCACCGUCCUUGUCCUGGUACCAAAGGUCGAUGGCUCAGACAGACUCCUUCCAAGAAGUAUGGCCUGGUUUAACUGAACCUCGAAAGACAGCCUUUCAUACUUGUCCAACAAUGUGCUCUGAUUUUCUUCUUCGUCUCCAAAUCUCAUUUGGUCCUUCAGUUUCAAACCCAUGUGGAAGAUGAUGGAUGAAGGAUGAUGAUUAAAUUGUCAUCAUUAAUGUGUUACGCCAACUUGCUCAGUUUCCCUGGUAGGUUGUGAAAAUUUGAAUGCCUACUACUACUACUACUACUACUAAUGUGAAUUCACCAGACAGACAAGAAGCCUUUAUUCUGGACUCCAAUUUCAUCACCUCCCCUUCAGAUCAAUUCCAGCACGCUACAAAACCAAAUACUUCUAGUAAUGAAUGAGGGAACUCGGAGGGUUACCUCUCCUGAUCAGCAGGGUAUCUGGAAAGGCUGCAGAAAUUAAAUUCAGAAAAAAAAAAAACAAAAACAAAAAUACCAUAAAGAAAAAGUCAUUAAUGAAUCACAGUUCACGUAUUUAUUCCCCCCUUAUUCAAACCUUACCCACCUUUAAAAGGGAAACACAAAAAGAAUUAGUGAGAGAUUUAUGUUACUGACAUUUUCACAUUCAAGGUUAAAAGCCUAGCUCAAAUUAUUUUCUAGUUUGAAUUUUUAUUUUGAAACAUGUAAAGUGUAAACUACAUGAAAGUAAUUUGUUGCCAAAAGAAUGAAACAUAGUUCAGUAAAUAUAUAUAUAUAUGGGCAGGCUUCCAACACACAAAAGGUAAUUAAGCCCCCAUGAUGAAUCCAUUUCCAGCACUUUGUGGUUUCAGUUAGGAUGCACCAUUUUAUUUGUGCUUUGCUUGAUUGAAGCUACAAUCUGGUGCUUUAUUAUUACGAGGAUGAUGAGGAAAGAAGAAAAAAAAAAAUAAAAAAUGAAAAAGCUGCCGAAAAAAAAACAAAGGGCCAUCUUUAAAUCUGAAAAGUACUUCCGUUGGGCUUCAAGUUUGGGUUGUAUGGGAUGGCCCGAAUAACUCUUGAGAUUUAUGCCACGACCCGGUGGUCGGGGAUGGCCGGAAAGUAUAAAUCGGAAAGAUGACGGACUGAGAAUUGGGAAUUCAGGG